AUUUCAUUUUAUAUUUCCUGUUGUAUCUUUUCAGGAUUCAUUUCCAACUUGACCAUCCAGAGGCAGUAUUUCCCCACGGACGAGGACCAAACUGGGGCCGCUAAAGCUCUUCUCCGCUUACAAGACACAUACAAGCUAGAUGCCAAUACCAUCUCUACAGGAGACCUACCUGGAGUGAAGCACAAGAACCGCAUGACGGUGGAGGACUGUUACGAACUGGGCAAAGUGGCCUAUACUGAGGCGGACUACUAUCACACUGAGCUGUGGAUGGCCCAGGCCUUGAGGCAGCUGGAGGAGGGAGAGGAGUCCCCUUUAGACAAAGUGACUGUUCUGGACUAUUUGAGUUAUGCCAUCUACCAGCAGGGGGAGCUGGAGCGCGCGCUGGAUUAUACCAAGAAGCUGCUUCAGUUAGGUGAGUCUGUGAUUCAAACCAAACUUUUUUGUUCAAUCACUGAUGCGAAACAGUGGGUGCUGUUAUGCUGUGGCGACCCCGAAAGGGAUAAGCCUAAAGUGAACUACUACAUUGUUCAAGCGCUUAUCUUGCAAAACUGUCUUAAAAAAAAUCCAAUGAUAAAACCACAAUAAAUAUAUGCAUAUACUCAAUUCUAAAACAUACCGUUUCAUUUGUAUGUUUGGUUAUACUCUCUCUACACUUAUAAAAAAAAAGCAAAUUCUCCUUAAGCGCAAAAAACCCUAAAUCUAAUGUUUUGCCUUUUAUUAAGUGCAAAUAAUUUU